UAUAAACAUCAUUGUAAAAUGUGAUGGGAAUAUUUGAUAUAUUUGACAAUAUAGUUCUUUCGGUUUAUAUGUGGGUUUUACUGAAACAGAACAUAAAGGGAACAAUAAGAGUUCAGGUCGAUGGGCCGCGACAUUACAGAGUUUAUGGACAAACAACACUAAAGUGGAUCUAACAAUGGAAGAGAGAAGAUCCAAUAAUCAAUAACCAUAAUUAGUACAGGGAACACCUUCAUCAUCAUCAGUGGGCGGGGCAAUAAGUACCAAUUAGCACUGAACGUGGAGGCAAGGGCCGGGAUAGAGUCGGGCAGAGCCUCUGAUGGACGGAGCCAAUUCAAUCCCUGGGUGAGUGGAUAUUAAAUGGAAUUCAUAUUUGAUAUUUUUUGGUAUGGAAUCUAUAAAACCCUUGAUACCUGCACGAGUGGCGUAACUACCACACAGCAGACCCGGCAACCGGGGCAGAGACAGAUGGAUAACAACUCCCUAAAGAAGAAACUGAUCAGCAAAGUGGACUCCGCCAUGUUGGGCCGGCAAAGAAAACAUCAGGUUUCCAUUGUAUUUCUCUUCUGCCUGAUUUUUAUUUCUGGGUUUCUCUAUAGGUUUCUGUGGAUGAAACCAUUGGGGGAAAAUCCUCCUCUUAAGCUACAUAUAUCUCCACAAAAUAAUUCGAUUUUAGCACUGGAGAAAGAACCUCAGACCCCAAACACCACCCAAGGCAAUGGGUCUUCUUAUCCCACCGCAGCGGAGCAAGAACUUCAGACCCUGAUGAAGGUGAUUGAGUGGCCGGCGCCUCCGGGCCCCACAGAGUAUAAUUUCUCCACCAGUCCAUUGACCACAGAGUUCCAGCUGCUGUUCCCACGUGGCGCCUAUUAUGUUGGAGAAUAUGUAGAAGUUCUCAUCACAGCGCGGGACCACGGGGGCCGACCAAAAGCCUACGGAGGGGAUUACUUUCAGGCCAAACUGCACUCCCCAACGCUGAAAGCAGGAGUAACCGGCUCAGUCACAGACCAUAGGAACGGCACCUACACGGCUUCCUUCCUGCUGCUCUGGCCGGGGCAAGUGGAGAUCUCCAUAAGGCUUGUCCAUUCCUGUGAGGCCAUAGCCGUCCAUAAAACCUUGAGGAACACACGUCUUGAUAAGAUCUACUUCUAUGGGACUAUUGAUGAAGCUACAGAAUCAAUGGAGUGUCACGAGUGGCCCCAGCCUGGACCCAAUGUGUGUAAAUUCCAUGACCCAGACAGUGGGGAGAGAUGGUACUGCAAGCGUCAGACCCAUAAUCCCUGCAGCGGAUACAAAGGGGUGUUACAAGGGACCAGUAACCACAACUUCAGGGCGGAGGAACAACGGCUCAUACAUACGUCUGUAAAGGAGAAACUUAUUAGAUCCAAAGUUAACCCAUUCCAAGUCCUGCCUUCAAACAACAGAACAGAUAAUAGAAGCGUUUGUUCUCCUGGCCUUCCGAUCCCGGACCCUUCUGGGUUCUAUUACCAGGACUUCUGGAAGUCCCGCGCCUGCAAGAACAGAGCUUUCCCCGGUCCAUCUGCGGUUACACAGUGCCUGGCAGGCAAGGCCCUCUACUUGUUUGGAGAUUCAACAACUGAUCAGUGGUGGAAACAUCUGAAUGAGUUCAUACCAUCUCUUGUGGAAAUAAACCUCUCUGUGCAGCUCCCAGGGGUCCUGGCGGGGCCACGUGUGGCUGUAGACACAGAGCACAAGUUUAUGGUGCAGUGGCAAGGGCACCAGACGGCACUAACCUUGGCAACUGGUGAUGAACAAGCCCUCCCUUUUGUAGCUAAUGAAUUGGACCGGUUGAGUGGGGAAGGGCUGGUGGUUGUUAUAAACUGCAUGGCCCAUUUUAUCUUAAACCCAGUGAAAGGCUAUGUACACAGGCUCCGCAGCAUUCGCGACUCUGUCCUCCGGCUAAUGAAGCGCAGCCCGUUAACCAAGGUCUUCAUCAAGUCUGGUAACACUGGAUACAAGUACACCUAUGGCAGUGAUUGGCUGUCCCUUCAGUUGGACACGGUAAUGAGGGCCAUGUUCUCCGGGCUGCCUGUUACUAUACUGGACAACUGGCAAAUGACCUCCUGCCAUUACCUACCCCAAGACCUCCAUCCUGGCCCAGUUAUUGUCAAGAAUGAGAUUGACUUAUUGUUGUCCUUCAUCUGCCCAACGUGAGACACAAGGCGAGUCACAAUCUGGCCACCAUCGAAUUAUCCAUGAAUUCUACUAAAGACCAUCUCAUUCUUCCAUUAAAGAAGCAAUUCUCAACCUGUGGGUCGGGGUUGCCCAAGACCAUCAUAAAACACAUUUCCAAAUAUGUGAGUUCCAAAAGUUCCCCCAGUGAGUAUAUUCAAAGGUUGUGAGAGAUGUUUUUACUGUCUUUUCUCUGCUCCUGAAGAAAGUCCCUCUGGGGGACUGAAAUGUUGAGGUCUGUAAUGUUCCUUUUUCACAUUUUGUAAUAAAAUUUACCUUUUUCUUCAAAUAAUUUAAA